AUGGCAUCUCACCGUAAACCGCGCAACAUACCACGUUUCGGCUCGCAGUCAUCCCAAACCGACAACAUAGUGAAGCAUAACGAGCGCCAUUGCAAAUUAAGUAAAAACAUGAAAAACGUGACUUGUGAGUCAAGUCUCUUUGCGUUGCCGGGUGGGAAAAGUCCUGAAGUAACGUCAUGCUAUUCAAGACAGGUACGAACAAACUACCUUUUGAGGUUUUAUUGCUCGGUCAAGGCGAAUAAAAAGACCGCACGCAAAUCUACAGAGACUCCGAUGGCAGCUGACGGCGGGAAAUCACUGCCAGCUAAAAAACUUACUCGCAGUAAAGGGACCUCAUCCGAUUAUUUUCAAUUCCCAUCAGAAGAUGUCAAAUCAACAGAUGAAAGGUCCCGAACAAAACAAGACGUGUUGAGGACAAUCAAGAGAAUGACAGAAGAGAACAAGGUCAUCAGAGAAAGAUUACUCGCCUUGAGUCAGAUGAGCCAAAGCAGUUGAGGUGGUUCCACGGGUAGAGUCAAAUGAAGUAUACCAUUCACCAUCAGUGCUACAGCAGUUGCUUAUAUAUGUUUUAAUGUGCA